AUGUCAGAAACAACAGACGCCAUUACAUUCAAAAUAGAGAAAGGCACAGAGCGGCAAUAUUGUAUCACAAGUUCUGUUGUUAUUGGCGAGAAGGUUGACAUGACCAUUACUCAAUACGAUGACUCAAAGACUAUGAUGAUCUGUUUGAGUGACUGCAAUUGUUUUUCACAGUGGAUAGUCUGCACCCCAACAACACUUGAAGUACGAUUUGGGAUUACAAACAAAGUUGAUCCAUUCAAUUCGACUUUUACUCGACAAAUUAUGGAGUUCUUAAAUGGCGUCGAUAACUUGGUUGUAGCUAUAGGCAUCAAACACACAUCAAGAGAGAAACUCAUCUCCCUCACAAAUCACGUGAAAAGUGUUCUUCGCCUUGCUUUGAAAGAAAUUAAUUCUCAAGCCAAACCACUUCCCGAAUUUUAA